AUGAUAGGACAACCCAACAAUGUUGGUGUUGGAUGCAGUCCAUCUACUGAAGCUCCUCCUUACAAUCCAAAUGAAUGUGAAGACAAUCAGGGAUGUGGAAGUGGCUCCUUCUGUCAAAGUAACACUGAAGGAAUACGUCAGUGUUUAGAUGUGUGCGAUCCACAAUAUGUAGUGUGUGGUCGAAAUGCAAUUUGUACAAGUCAAAACCACCAAGCAGUGUGUGAGUGCCCGGACGAAAUGGUUGGUGAUCCCAAUGAUCUAAUCCAGGGAUGUCAGCCUUUGAGUCCUCAUGAAUGUGAAGUGAGUGCCAAUUGCCCAGAUUCUCACAUUUGCAAAACUUCUAAUGAUGGAGUACGAGUGUGUGAAAAUGUGUGCCAGGGACAAACUUGUGGACUGAACGCAGUUUGUCAUGGACGAGGACACAGACCUAUCUGUGAAUGCCCUCAGGGCUAUAAUGGAGACCCUCAAAAUGGCUGCAGACUUCAACCUGAUGACCGUUGCCAAAAUGACGACGAAUGCAGAGGAGACGAAGUGUGCAAACUUCUGCCUACUGUUGGAAUAAGGGAUUGUGUUGUGGUAUGCGAGGGAGUUCAAUGUGGACCAAAUGCCAUGUGUGAAGGCAGGCGCCAUCUUGCUGUAUGUGAAUGUCGUCAAGGAUUUACUGGCGAUGCAUACGAUAUUCAAAGAGGAUGUCAACCUCCACCCACUGAUUUAUGUCGUGACAGUUCUUCUUGUGCUAACAGUCAAGUUUGCAGGAAUGGGGACAAAGGAUACAAGGAAUGCCAUGAUGUAUGCGAAUCUACUAACUGUGGUCUCAACGCUUUAUGCCGAGGUAAAAAUCACGAAGCAUACUGUGAAUGCAGACCAGGAUUUUCUGGAGAUCCAACUGAUUUCAGCAUUGGAUGCCAACCUGUUCCUAAGGAUAAAUGCAAAAGUAACAGCAACUGCCCAGAUGACAAAAUAUGCCGGCAGACGCCUGCUGGAAUUAGAGAUUGUAUUGACGUUUGUGACUCGAAGCGCUGUGGUACAAGUGCCAUCUGUGUCGCUCAAAACCAUAGAUCAAGAUGUCAAUGUCCUGAAGGAUAUUCUGGAGAUCCCAACAGAGUAUGUCAAGCUGACCAUUGUAGUUUGGAUAGAGAUUGUGCUGACAGUAGAGUUUGCAAGUUGACCAGGGAUGGAGUCAGAGACUGUCUUAACCCAUGUGAAGGACGUCGCUGUGGUCCAAAUGCUCAGUGCAUUGCUACAGGCCAUUCUGCUUUCUGUGAAUGUCGAGAUGGAUUUAUAGGCAAUGGUGAUGAUAUGCAUCGAGGGUGCAGACCCCGAGAUAAAUGUAAAACGGACAGCGACUGCAGCGAUCGAGAAAUUUGUCGUUUGAAUGUUGAAGGUGUUAAAGACUGUCUUGAUGGAUGCCAGGAUGCUCUUUGCGGCAGAAACGCUUUGUGCUCCGUGUCUUCUCAUAUAGUCGUUUGCAGUUGCCCAUCUGAUUUCACUGGAGAUCCUUAUGACAGAAAUAUUGGUUGUGAGCCCAGACCUCCUAAUGUUUGUGACAGUGACUCGCAAUGCCCAUCCAAUGCUGUUUGUCGUCCAGACAUUACUGGAUUGAGAAAUUGCUUUGAUGCAUGCGAAGAUGUGCGCUGUGGACCUCAUGCAACUUGUAUUUCCAAGAGUCAUGUGGCACAAUGUCAGUGCCUGCCAAGCUAUGAAGGAAAUCCAUAUGACGAACUCAAAGGAUGUCAAUUACCUCAUGACUGUAACACGGAUCGUGAUUGCAAGUCAGAUGAAGUUUGUCGCAAACAUACUGAUUCCGUUAGAAAAUGUGUCCAUGUUUGUAUGUUUGACAAAUGUGGCAGAAAUGCCGAAUGUUACGGAGAAAAUCACCUGGCGAUUUGUCGGUGCCCUUCAGGUCAUGAAGGAAACCCUAUUGAUGCCAACGUUGGAUGUGUCCCUCGAAGCCCAAAUGUUUGCGAAUCUGAUCGAGAUUGUGGAGCUCAACAGAUAUGCCAACCUGUAGACAAUGGAUAUUUAGAUUGUCGAGAUGCUUGUGAGUAUGUGCAGUGUGGACCUAAUGCUGUUUGCUCUGCAAAAAAUCACCAAACAAGAUGUGAAUGCCUACCCGAUCACACUGGUGAUCCAUACAAUCUUCUAAAUGGUUGUAAACCUCCUGUCAGAGAUGAAUGUCGCGUAGAUACUGAUUGCAGAAGAAAUCCAGAUGUUUGCAAAGCUGAUAAUACUGGUGUGAAACGUUGCAUAGAUCCCUGUAGUUUCAACCCUUGUGGCUUGAAUUCUGAAUGCUAUUCUUUUGACCAUCAUUAUGAGUGCAGAUGUAGAGAAGGUUUUGUCAGAGAUCCCAACAGUGAUGCUUCUUGCAUGGCUCGGGAACCUGAUGAAUGCCAGGAGGACAUUCAGUGUCCAACUUUUGGCACUUGCAGACCAAAUGACAUUGGCAUCUUGAAGUGUGCAGAAAUUUGCUUGGACUUCUCUUGUUCUCCAAAUGCUGAUUGUGUUGCCAUUAACCACAAAGGUCAAUGUACAUGUGAAGAAGGAUAUACAGGUGAUCCCAAUAAAAGAGGUGGCUGCAUACCGAUUGACCGUGAUGAAUGUAAAGCAAGUGAACAUUGCUCUUCUGCAUCAGAAUGCCGUCGAGCAGAACCUGAUGGUAUUUUAAAAUGUAUUGAUGUGUGUGAAAAUGUACAGUGUGGACCAAAUGCUGUAUGUAUAGCUGUUGGCCAUGUUGCUCAGUGUCAUUGUCCACAAGGACUGUAUGUGGGUGAUCCAUAUGAUUUAGUCAGAGGAUGUCAACAAGUUGAGUGCAUUACAGAUGAAGAUUGCACUGUUGAUAAGAGCUGCACACCAGAAAAUUAUUGUUUGAAUCCAUGUCUUAAUGGUUGUGGAAAGAAUGCAAUCUGUGUGGCAGAAAACCAUCAUCGUACAUGCCAGUGCCCAGCUGGAAUGACUGGAGAUGCUUAUGGUAGAGGCUGUAAAGCUAUCCGUUUCUGUGAGAGUCAUCCUUGCCAUCCAACGGCUAAAUGUGUUGACACCAAAGGCAGCUACAAGUGUCAGUGCCCAACAGAUUAUAUUGGAGAUCCCUUUAGAGAGGGAUGUCGACAUCCUAACUCUUGUCCACUUGGUGACAGGGAUUGCCGUACUGAUGCCGCAUGUCUGCCAGAUGUGAGUGGUCAGAAUAUGUGCAAGAAUCCAUGUGAAGGAUAUAAUUGUGGACCAAAUGCUUUUUGUGAAGUAGUGAAUCAUCGACCACGCUGCACUUGUCCAACUGGUUUCCGUGGCAGCCCCGAUCCUGAUAGCGCUUGUUUGAGGUCAUCGGUAUUCUGUGAAGAUGCAAAGGACUGUCGAGACAAUCAAGCAUGCGUGGAUGGUCAAUGCAGGCUGUUCUGCAGCUAUGACAAUGAAUGUGCUGUUGGUGAGAAAUGUAUAAACAAAAGAUGUGUGUUGCCUUGCUUCGCUCAUUCUGGAUGCCCAGCAAAAGAAGCUUGUGUUCCAAACGGCUAUUGCCAAGUUGGUUGCCGUGAUAAUAAUGACUGUCCUUACAGAGAGGCUUGCAUUCAAAACCGUUGCCAGAAUCCUUGUGAAAUCAAAGGAGUAUGUGGUCCGAAUGCUAUUUGUAAUGUUGUUGACCACAAAGCUACAUGCGAGUGCCCACAAGGAUUUGAAGGCUCUCCAUCUCCAGUUUUGGGCUGCAAGAGGGUGUACCAAGAAUGUUCGCCAUCUGUAUAUUGUCCACCUGGAUUGAAUUGUGUUGGUGAACGAUGCAGGGCUCCAUGCAGCAAUUGUGUUGAUGGAGAAGUGUGUGUUAGUGGAGUAUGCAUGACAAUAUGCUCGACGGAUAACAACUGUCCUGUUGGUGAAGUGUGUAUAAACCAGUACUGUCAAGUUGGAUGCAGGGCUGAUGGAGAUUGUCGCCUUAAUGAAGUGUGUGGCUCAAACCGUUGCACUUGCAGACCUGGCUUUAAUCCAACUCCAGCUGGUUGUGAAGAUAACAAUGAAUGUCUGUCCAAUCCUUGCCACCCAACAGCGCUGUGCAUUAAUUCUGCUGGCAGUUAUUAUUGCCAAUGUAGAGAAGGAGAUAUUGGUGAUGGAUACACUGGAUGUCGACCUCAAGGAGAAUGUCCAAAUGGUGACCGAGAUUGUCCGACAACUGCUGCUUGUGGCAUUGAUGAACAAGGCAUUCCUAAGUGUAUCAAUCCAUGUGAUAGCAGGCCUUGUGGUCCAAAUGCUGAGUGCAGUGUGUCAAAUCAUGUGCCUCAGUGUAUCUGUCCUAAAUAUGGUUUGUACACAGGAGAUCCAUAUGAUCUAUCAAGAGGUUGUGAACAAGUGGAUUGCUUGCAAGAUAACGAUUGCAAUUUUGAUAGACAGUGCAUCAAUUUCCUAUGUGAAAGUCCUUGUGUUAGUGUGAAUUGUGGUCCACAUGGCACUUGCAUAGUUAAAAAUCGCCAAGCCUCUUGUCGCUGUGAAAAGGGCUACGAAAAUAAUGGACGCUUAACGUGUGUGGACCUUGAUGAAUGUAAACAACGCCCUUGCCAUCCUUCUGCCCUUUGUGAAAACAAUCCUGGAAGUUUCUCAUGUCGCUGCCCAUCUGGUUUGACAGGGAAUCCAAUUGCACAUCCAGGAUGUCAUGACCCUAACAUGUGCUUCAAUGGAAAUUCUGACUGUGCAGACUCCGCUGCAUGCCUAAGAAUCAAUGACGAACCCUAUUGUAGAGACCCAUGUGAAGAUCCAAAAUCAUGUGGUGUGAAUGCAGAUUGUCGAACCAUAAACCAUCGGGUUGUCUGUUCUUGUCCUGUUGGUUACACCGGUGAUCCGAGUUAUAGAUGUGUUAAAGUGGAAUGCACCAUCAGUGAAGAAUGUCGAGACAGUCAAGUGUGUGAAAAGAAUAAGUGCAUUGAUGCUUGCUCUAGUCAAGCUAAUUGUGGACAAAAUACAGUUUGCCAGGCAAAGAACCACGGUGCCCUCUGCAGGUGUAGGGAUGGAUUCUAUGGCGAUCCUAUUGCUGGAUGCAGGAAAAUAAUUCCUUGUGAUACAGAUAUUAAUUGCCCAGCUGGAGAAUUAUGUCAGAGAGGUGUAUGCAAUGUUCCUUGCAACAGGGAUAGAGAUUGUGGAACUAACGAAAAGUGUGAAUCAAAACGCUGCAUUUCCAUCUGCUUAUCAGAUAGUGAGUGUCCAGAACACCAAGUUUGCAGUGCUGGCAAAUGUAUCACUGUGGACCGUUGCAGUGGAGACACCCAGUGCCAUGAUAACCAAGUGUGCAGAGCUAGUACAAAAGGCUAUAAUGAUUGCAUAGAUCCUUGUGAUUUAGUGCUGUGUGCUCCACAUGCCUAUUGUGAUUCCCGGGGUCACUCGGCUAUUUGCAAAUGUGAAAAAGGUUAUAUUGGAGAUCCUGUAGAUCAAGGAUGUGAGCCAGUUGAAUGUGAAAGAAACCAAGAUUGUCGGGAUUCAGAAGUCUGUGACAAAUAUGAAUGCAAUGAUCCAUGUAAAAUUCCCGGCAUCUGUGGACGAAAUGCUUUCUGUGAAACUAGGAAUCACUCACCAAUAUGCCGCUGCCAUGAAGGUUAUGAUGGAGAUCCAAUUGUAGGCUGCCGUCCCUCUGAUUACUGUGCCAGUAGACCGUGCCAUCACACUUCAACAUGCCGCAAUAAGUUUGGAGGUUUUGAAUGUUACUGUCCACCGGAAAGAAACAUUGGAAAUCCAUAUGCUGAUCCUGGAUGCCGCAGUGAAAACGAGUGCCCUCAGGGUGAUCAGGAUUGUCCCUUCACUGCUUACUGUGAUCGAACUACUAUUCCACCCAUGUGCAAAAAUCCAUGCCAAGCAAAUGAUGUGUGUGGAGUAAAUGCUUUGUGUAGAGUGGAAAACCACCGAGCUGCCUGCUACUGCUUGCCUGGUUUCUCUGGCAAUCCUAGGGAUCCAGUUAGAGGUUGUACCAGAGUUACUGUGGAUUGUUCAACUGACAAUGGAUGCACAUCUGGGUACAUGUGUGUAAACAAGCGAUGCAAGCUUCGUUGUCGAUCUGAUGAGGACUGCGCUAACAAGGAACUUUGUCACCAAGGUCAGUGUGUCAUUGGAUGCAGAGAAGACAAAGAAUGCUUAUCUCGUGAAAUUUGUGCUUCAAACAAAUGCAUUGUUGGCUGCCGAAUAGAUGAUGAUUGUUCCUUUUCAGAAGCUUGUAUUCUAAAUAUUUGCACAAAUCCAUGCGAAAGCUCUACUGCUUGUGGAACUAAUACUUUGUGCAAAAUUCAGAAUCACCGACAACAAUGUAGCUGUGCACCAGGAUUCACUGGAAAUCCAAAUAUUGCUUGCCAGAGAAUUCUUCCAUCUUGUGCAUCAGAAGCUGACUGCCCAAUUAAUCAUUAUUGUUUAGACGGAAAAUGUAGAGUGGAAUGUAGUACUGACAACGAAUGUGGCACUGGUGAAAAAUGUGUUAACAAUCAUUGCUUGGUUCUUUGUCGAAGAGAUCAAGAUUGCCAAAAUGGUGAGAUUUGUAUCAGGAAUCAUUGCCAAGUUGGAUGUCGUACAAACGAUCAAUGUCCUGACAAUCUAGCAUGUGUGAGCAACCAAUGUAGAGACCCGUGUGAAGGCAGUGCUACUUGUGGUCCGAAUGCGGAAUGUCGUGUGAAUGACCAUCGACCUGUAUGCAGUUGUCGUGAAGGCUUUGUUGGUAGACCAAAUGCAAAUGUUGGCUGCAUCAGGCCUCAGAUUGUGUGUAUAGAUGAACCAUGUCCACCUGGACUCACUUGUCAUAAUGGUCAAUGCAGAAUGCCAUGUAGUAGCAGUCGAGAUUGUGCAGUGAACGAGAAAUGUCUUGAAAAUCGUUGCUUUGUACAAUGUUUACGAGAUCGAGAUUGUUACUCAGGAGAAAUAUGCGAGCAGAACUUUUGCAGAGUUGGAUGCCGGGCAGAUACAGAGUGUGCUUUCCAUGAAUCUUGUAUCAAUAACCACUGCAUAAAUCCAUGUGACAGCCCUACUGCCUGUGGUACCAAUGCACAUUGUGAUGUCCUUCAACACUCUAUCCGCUGCUCCUGUCCUGCAGGCCUAUCAGGUGACCCAUACACAAAAUGUGAUCGUGAAUUACAGCGUUGCAAUGCUGAUGAUAGAUGUGGUCUUGGACGUUUCUGUGAAGAUACUUUGUGCAGAGUGUCAUGCUCUUCAGAUUCUGAGUGUUUAGAUGAUGAGAGAUGUAUUGAGCGCAGGUGCAGUGUGUCGUGUACAACUGAUCGCAGUUGCCCCAAUGGUUUUGUGUGUGAAUAUGGACAAUGUGUCUCAGGUUGUCGUCGUGACGCCGAAUGUCCUCUGGAAGAAGCUUGUAUUAAUGGCCAAUGUUUGGACCCAUGUGCAAGUCCAACUGCUUGUGGCACAGGUGCACGCUGUCAUCCAGCAGACCAUCGUCCUGUUUGCCAGUGUCUGCCAGAGCACACAGGAGACCCACGAGUUGAGUGUUCAAGGGUCGAAUGUGUCAUUGAUGCUGACUGUGGAAGUGGAAAGAUUUGUCAGAACUACCGCUGCUUAAUUGGAUGUCGAUCAGAUCCAGGAUGUCUUGAUAAUGAAGUGUGCAUUAGUCGCCAAUGCCAGCGGCUAUGCAUGUUCAGCACUACUUGUGGUUUGAAAGCGACCUGUACUGCUGGUGGUCAUCGAGCUCAAUGUUCUUGUCCACCUGGCUAUACUGGAAAUCCAGUUGUUGAAUGCAGAAGAAUUGAAGGCCUAUGUGAUACUAGUUCUGAUUGUGCUCCUGGUAAAGUGUGUAUCAAUAAACGAUGCGAAGAUGAUGUUGAGUGUCACACUGAUGAGGAUUGUCAUUUGGGUCAUAUUUGUCAAAAGAAUAAAUGCUUUGUUGGUUGUCGUGGAGAUGAGAACUGUGCCCUGGAUGAAGGCUGCUACAAUUCUCAGUGCCAACAGGUGUGCUCUCUACCUAGAGCAUGUGGACCAAAUGCCCGCUGUGAAGCCAUUAAUCACCGACCAUAUUGCACUUGCCUACCAGGUUUCACUGGAAACUCACAGAUUGAAUGCAGAACAAUUGGUCCAGAGUGUCGUCGAGAUACUGAUUGUAAUCCAGGACAGAUGUGUUUGGGUGGAAAAUGUUCAGUUGUGCCUGGUUGUACUUCUGACAAUGAUUGUAAUCAAGGGCAAAUCUGUGAAAAUACCAAGUGUUUGUAUGGUUGCCGCAGUCACAGUGAUUGUGGGUUCACUCAGGAAUGCUAUGAAAAUCAGUGCCAGACACCAUGCCGACCUGGGAAGUGUGGUAUCAAUGCCGAAUGUAAAUCUAUCAAUCAUGCUGCCUUAUGCCGCUGCUCGCCUGAUCACACAGGCGACCCUAAAGUUCUCUGCAAACAAAUUCAAGUGGAGUGUCAUGUUGAUACAGAUUGCCAGCUUGGAAAAAUAUGUGUUAGCACUCGUUGCUUAGAGGGUUGCCGUUUUAAUGAGCAUUGUCCUGAUGAUCAAGCAUGCAUUCAAGGUCGUUGUGACACCCCUUGUCGUUCUGGAGCUUGUGGCUUCAAUGCAAUUUGUCGAGCUUACCAUCAUCAAGCAGAAUGCAGUUGUCCACAGCAGUACAAGGGCAAUGCCAAGCAGUUCUGCCAACCUACUUCAAGGGGAGAAUGUCAACAUAAUGCUGACUGUGGAAAGAAUGAAAUUUGCGAGGACUCACAUUGCAUUGUUGUUACUGGAUGCCGAUCAGAUUCUUUCUGUUCUGUUGGUGAGAUCUGUGAAAAUAGCAAAUGCAUCUAUGGAUGUCGCAGAGAUUCUGACUGUACUUUUGACAAAGCCUGUGUGAGCAGUCGCUGUGUUAAUCCUUGUGAGGUGUUUGCUCCUUGUGGUAAAAAUGCAGAUUGCAGGCCUAUUGUUCAUCGACCUCAUUGCUCAUGCAAAUCUGGCUUUGAGGGUAAUCCAGAUGACAAGUGUAAUGAAAUUCCAAGCCAGCUUGUUGAGUGUUUAGCUGAUACUGAUUGUCAAAAAUCAAAAAUCUGUGAAAAUAGGAACUGCCUGGAGGGUUGUCGCCGCAAUGAGGAUUGUCAAUUCAACAAAGCUUGUGUAAACAGGCAGUGUAUUGACCCAUGUUCUUACCCGGAUGUUUGUGGAAUUGGAGCUAAGUGCCUUGUGAAUGAUCACCGCCCUAUUUGCACAUGUCCUUCAUCAUUGACUGGAGAUCCAAACAUACAGUGUGUGCCAGUGCCGCCAGAUCAUUGCUACACAGAUGACGGCUGUGGUGCCGGACAUAUCUGUGAAAACAACCGCUGUAUUGAUGCCUGUCGAACAUAUCAUUCAUGUCCUUAUGAUCAGGACUGUGUCAACAGAAGAUGCCAGGAUCCUUGCAGUUUCUUUGGAACUUGUGGCACUAAUUCCAUCUGCCAUACUAAUAAUCAUGUUGCUAUUUGCACAUGUGAACCUGGAUAUGUUGGAGAUCCUAAAAAGGGUUGUGUUUCGGAACGCCAGCCAUAUGAAGGAUGUAUUGAAGAUAAUGAGUGUGGACCUGGAUUUAUUUGUGAAUCUGCUGAAUGUUUUGAGGGAUGCCGAAAUGAUUACCAAUGUCCAUCAGAGAUGGCUUGUGUACGCAGAAGAUGUGAAAAUGUUUGUCACCAAGUAGGUGUGUGUGGAGUAAAUGCUGAGUGUAUGGCAGAUAAUCAUCGCCCAAUAUGUUCUUGCAAUCCAGGAUAUGUUGGAGAUGCUCGUAUUGAAUGUAGAAUAGUUGAGGAACCAGAGUGUCGCAGCGAUGCUCAAUGUCCUAUUAGACACAUCUGCAGCUAUGAAAGAUGUAUAAUUGGAUGUCGAAACGAUGAGAACUGUGGCAUCGAAGAAGCUUGUAUUAAUCGUGUUUGUCAGAACCCAUGCAGUGUCUUCGGAGCUUGUGGCCGCAAUGCAAACUGCAGGCCCAUAAAUCACAAACCUGAAUGUACCUGCCCGGCUGGUUUCCGUGGCAACCCCAAUGUUGUUUGUGAAUUUGAUAAAGUUAAGCCCGAAUGUGAAGUGGAUCACGAGUGCAGUGUGGGUUACAUUUGUGAAAGCACUCGCUGUAUUGCUGGUUGUCGUCAAGAUAACAACUGUCCUCGAGACUUGGCUUGCGUGAAUCGUCAGUGUCAGGAUCCAUGCUUGCUUCCGAAUAGCUGUGGACGGAAUGCUGAAUGCCAUGCAGACAACCAUCGACCGAUUUGUACCUGUCCUAGCAAUUUCCGUGGAGAUGCUUAUAUUGAAUGCAGAAUUGCUGGGGUGGACGUGGAAUGUGAACAUGACUUGGACUGUUCUGUGGAUAAAAUAUGUGAAAGUACAAGAUGUGUCCGGGGUUGUCGAACAGAUGCUAACUGCCGCUUUGAAGAAACAUGCAUUAAUAAAGUUUGUCAGAAUCCUUGUUCUGUUUAUGGAGCAUGUGGACAGAAUGCCCUUUGCAAAGCUAUUAACCAUGAUCGAGUUUGCACAUGUGCACCAGGUUACACAGGCAAUCCUCACACCCUAUGUACUCGCACUCCAGUUCUACCUGAAUGUACUGUUGAUCGAAACUGCUCCUUGGGCUAUAUUUGUCAAAGCCACAGAUGUGUUUCUGGCUGCCGCUCCAAUGUAAAUUGUCCAUACGAUGAGACUUGCUUGCAUGGCCAUUGUCAGCGUGUGUGUGAGUUGAGCGGAGCAUGUGGACAAAAUGCACAUUGCACACCUGUUGGACAUCAACCACAUUGCAGUUGUCCUGCUGAUUUGACUGGAGAUCCAAACGUACUUUGCAAGCGAAUUCCAGAACCUGGAUGCCGUAAGGAUGAUGACUGUGCUGUCAGCCAGAUCUGCGUAAAAUCAGAAUGUGUUGCUGGUUGCCGUUCACACAGCAACUGUCCAUUCGACAAAGCUUGUGUCAACCGAUAUUGUCAAGAUCCGUGCACCAUCGGAGGUAUCUGUGGAGUUAACACGCAAUGCCAUGCAUCAGAUCACAAAGCCAUAUGUUCUUGUAUUCCAACCUAUACUGGAGAUCCACUAAAACAGUGCACUAAAAUUCAAUAUGAAUGCGAAAUUGACAGCCAUUGUGGACGAAAUUUUGUGUGCGUUAAUAAUGAGUGCAAAGAUAUAAAUGAAUGUUUACAAGGAAGAGGGCCUUGUGCACUUGGAGCAAUUUGCACCAAUCUUCCUGGUGGCUACAAAUGCAGUUGUCCAGUGGGAUUGGAUGGCGACCCAUACAGUCAGGGCUGUCGUCAAAUGCCAAAAAUGUGCCGAAGAGACGAAGAUUGUAAAUCUGUCGAAGGUUGCAACCGCUUAAAUGGAGAUUGUUAUGAGGUUUGUGACAGACCUGGAAUUUGUGGUAAAGGUGCUUUGUGCACAGCUUCAGGCCAUCACCAUGAGUGCUACUGUCCACCAGGACUUACAGGAAAUCCAUAUAUUGAAUGUAGUAUCUUGGAAACUUGUGGCCCACAUAAUCCUUGCUCUGGCAACUUAGUAUGUUUGGAUGGAGCUCGCUGUGGCUGCCCAUCACCCUAUGAGCAAAGAGGAUUCUUCUGCAUAUUAACAAGUCGCAACUGCAGCACUUCAAACCCAUGUCCUGAACAUGAAGAAUGUGCUACUGCAGAGAAUGGAAUCUGUGUCUGUCCUAAAGGAUUUGUAUUGAUGUCUAAUGGAAUAUGCAGAGAUAUCAAUGAGUGUGAUAUAGUUCCAUUCCCUUGUGGUAAUGGAGCCCAGUGCUACAAUACUCUUGGUAGUUACAGGUGUCAGUGCCCAUCAGGGACAAUUGGAGAGCCUAACUAUUCUGGAUGCCAACAAAGACAGGGUUUCUGUCAAUCUGAUUUGGAAUGCCCUAAUCAUUUAGCAUGCGAUAUUGCUGCCGAACAGUGCUAUGAUCCAUGUCUUCUAAGCAAUCCCUGUGGUCGCAAUUCUAAAUGCAGCGUGAUAGAUCAUAGUCCACACUGUGAAUGUAUACCUGGGUUCAGAGGAAACCCAGUGGAAUAUUGUCAUCCAAUUGGUGCUGGCUGCCAAACAGAUUCAAAUUGUCCAGGAAAUCUCUUCUGUUUAGAGGAUGGAACAUGUGGCUGUCCUCGGGAUUUCCAAAGAGCAUCUGACUUUUGCAUGCGAACAAGUGUUAACUGCUCAACAACCAAUCCCUGUCCAGAUAAUCAACGCUGUGUAUAUACAGGUAGAUCUACUGGAUUUUGUGUUUGUCCAAGAGGAUUCAAGCUGUUGGUCAGUGGAGUCUGCAUUGAUAUUAAUGAAUGUCAGGAAAGCAAGUUCUCCCUCUGCGGGGAGCGUGCAACCUGUGUGAACACUCCAGGUAGUUAUGAGUGCAGAUGUCCGCCUGGAUAUGAGGGCGAACCUUAUGGAGGUAAAUGCGAGCCAAUACAAAUACCAGGAUGCAGGGCAGACAAAGAGUGCUUAUACCACGAAGCCUGUGACACCUUUAGUGGAACAUGCUAUGAUGUAUGUACUAGAGGUCACCCCUGUGGUACAAAUGCAAUUUGUCGUGGUGAAAACCAUAAUCCAGUGUGUACCUGUCCUCCACGCUAUCGUGGAAAUCCCCAAUUCAACUGUUUCUAUGUCCAAGAAUGUGGCAUUGAUUACACUUGCCCUGGCAACUUGAUUUGUUUGAACAGUAAGGAAUGUGGCUGUCCUGCGGAGUACGACAGAGUUGGGGAUUAUUGUCUGACUACAAGUCGAAACUGCACAACAACAAAUCCAUGCCCAACUAAUGAGGAAUGUUUGUACACUGGUGUUCAGCAAGGCUUCUGUGUUUGUCCUAGAGGCUAUGAGUUGAUGUCCAACGGUUUUUGCAGAGAUAUCAAUGAAUGCCAGGAUCAACAGUGUGCUCGUAAUGCCAUCUGCACCAAUCUUCAGGGAAGUUUCCGGUGUGACUGUGAGCCAGAUACCAUAGGAGAUCCUGUUAUCAGAGGAUGCGAGAAAAUUGAUGAAGGAUGUAGGUCUGACCAUGACUGUCCCUCUGACAAAUAUUGUGAUUUGAGUACAGGCCAGUGCAUAAGUCCCUGUUACUUAUGUGGUCCAAAAGCCAUUUGCACAGUUCGAAACCAUGAAGCACUUUGUGAUUGUCCACCAUCAUACACAGGAGAUGCUUAUGAUCACCAGCGUGGCUGUUAUGAGCUACCAGAUCAGGAAGUAAAUAUAAGAACCAGGCCACCACCUACUGAACUAUCAGUUAUGUGCCUUGCUGAUGGAGUUCAAGUGUCUAUUGCAUUGGAGCCUUUUGAAGGGGUACUGUAUGUGAAAGGCCACAGCCAGGAUCCUGACUGCAGAAUGGUUGUGAAUAAUCAACGAAGAGAAAUUAUAGAGUUUAAAGUACUAUUUAAUCAGUGUGGACUUAUUCAUGUCGGUGGAGAUGCAUCAUUCAUUUUAGUGAUACAGAAGCAUCCAAAACUGAUGACUUACAGGGCUAAAGCUUAUCACAUCAAAUGUAUCUACAAUACUGGAGAAAGAACUAUAACUUUAGGAUUCAAUGUCAGCAUGAUUACAACAUCUGGCACCAUAGCAAAUACUGGUCCACCGCCAACUUGUGUUAUGACUAUUUCCAAUGCUGAUGGCACAGAAGUGACCAGUGCUGAAAUUGGAGAUGAUUUGCUGUUAAAAGUGGACGUGCAACCUGACUUUAUUUAUGGAGGAUUUGCAAGAAGCUGUGUCGCCAAGACUAUGGAAGAUAACGAGGAAAUUCAGUACGAAGUAACAGACGCAGACGGUUGUGCUGCUGACCCGAGUGUUUUUGGCAACUGGCAGUUGGAUCCUGACCGAAAAGUCUUGGUUGCACGUUUCAAUGCGUUCAAGUUCCCCACAAGCAAUAAUCUAAGAUUCCAGUGCAACAUUCGAGUGUGUUUUGGGUCAUGCCCUCCAGUUAACUGUGAUGGUGUGGAUGCCUUUGGAAGAAAGAAACGUCAAGCUCCAGAUAACACAAGCUUGUCUUUAGAAGGUUUCCAGGAAGGUGCACUAAGGGAAGAGAUCAUGGUGCAGUCGAAUGCUAUACUUACUUUCGAGAAGAAGGAAAACAGAGUUGCUAUUCCCACAAAAG